AUGCUGCCCAAACUGCCAUUUGAGACGCUCACUCAAAUUUUCAGUCACUUCACUCUCACCCUGCCUAACAAGAGCGAUGUCUUCCCGGACUACCGCCCCGUACGCAAGCAUGAGAAUGAGGACAGCGAACUGGCUCGCCACCUUCAAGAUCGCCGGACUUUGCGGGAUCUUUGCAUCGUCUGCUCCCGUUGCCGGGCUGUGGCCUCCCCGAUGCUUUACCACACCGUCAUCCUCCACGACGCCUCAGCAUUACCCUUCUUCACGCGGGCGCUUUUAGAGAACCCUCAGGCAGGCGACAUUGUUCGAGACUUGGCGCUCUUGAUUGCUUUCAACGACGAGUAUCAAGAACGGGACCUUUUCAACUGCGUCAAACUAGGCCUUUGGGCGGACUUGGGGCAGUGGCUCUUCGGUGAAGCUGCGCGUAAAACCCGACCGCGUGAGUUCGACUGGAACAUCCGAGUCGCCAGCGACAUAUGGCAUAAUGACAGGCUUCCGGUUCAAAUCAGAGAGAGAAAGUCGCGUACCACAGAGCUCGUCAACGACCUGAAGCAAGCCCCAGGUCACCUCAAGAAAGGAUGUAGACUCGGAGGCCAGUUUCCGCUUCAAUAUUUUCGCUCUCUCGAGACACUGAUGGCGGUCGGUCCAGAUGCGACUUUUGACCCUUUACGCGAAAAUAUCAAGAGUAUCCGCCACCUGCACUUGUUAGACACAGAGUUGCAACCCCGAACACUCGGCUCUAUGCUUCUCAGGAUACCUCAAAAUCCUGCCUCUUUUGUACUCAAGCAGCGCCCGUCGGCCCCGGGUAAUCAGCCCGAGCUUCUAGAUUUUCCAACCGAGAAACUACCAACGCUGUCCGAGGUAUUGCUUCUGAAGGGCAGCGAACUUCGGGAACUCAGUCUUAUCCUCUGUUACACCCACUGUUUCCGAAACUUUAUUGGCUCAGGCAAGUGUCUGACCAGCCUUCCAACCUUGGACCGGCUGGAAAAGCUGACGAUCCAGAUGCAUCUCCUUUUUGGGGACACUCGUGGAUUCUCAGCCAAUCUUCUGGUCCAACGCCUUCCGCCCAAUCUCGUGGAGUUGAAUAUCCUCGACGAAUGGGAAAUGGAUGUUGCUGAGCGUGAGCUGUGGCUGACCCGAUACGUGUAUCAUUACGAGGAGGUCGAGCACGACCCCAUCAAAAUCUGGAUUGAGGAGCAGGCGUAUGAUGAUGACGAAAAUGGCGAAAGGCACUUUUGUCAUGUUCUUCAGGAUCAUCCAGUUCUUGACUCAAACGAUCGUUAUAUCGAAGCCCAGAAGAGAACCGAGCUGUACUCAAGGUAUCGCAUGAAGGUCAAAGCGAUGUUGUUAGAUAUAGCUGCUCAAUGCGAUGCUGACAAGAUCGCCUGUCAGUUGCAGAGAGCGGAUGGACAGCAGGGACGUGGAAGCCUUGCCAACCUCCGUUCUGUUACAUUUCAGAUCGCGCCGAACAAGCCACUCAAGCUCAUCCCUGCAGACGAGAAUUACCGGUACGAUGGUGACUGGCCUCACAGGUUAGAAAUACCACCGGUAAAGGACUCGAUGGAGAAUACUAUGGCUGAAAUCAAGGCCGGCUCCUUCCUGUGCUGGAUCCCCUACCGUUGGACAAAUCUUGAGUUGCUCAAGGAGAACUUUGGAGUCAAGGACAAGGAGAUGAGCGUACGCUACAUUCGAGAUGUUGUUUCGCAUUCUGAAGAUGAGAGUGACAACGAAAGCGAAAUCGGUGAGGUGGAUGAGGAGAACGAGAGCGCUGGCAGAGAAGAAAUCGGUGAUGAUGACGAGAACGAUGGAGACAGCGAGAGCGAUGGGAAUGACGAGAAUGGCGAAGAUGAGGACGAUGAGGCGGAUGGCGAGGAUGGCGAGGAUGGCGAAGAUGGCGGAGAUGGCGAUGGUGAAGAGGGCCACGAGGGCGACGAGAAUGACGAGAAUGACGAGAAUGACGAGAAUGACGAGAAUGACGAGAAUGACGAGAAUGACGAGAAUGACGAGAAUGACGAGAAUGACGAGAAUGACGAGAAUGACGAGAAUGACGAGGAUGGCGGGAACAGCGAAUACAGCGAGGGCGACGAAAGUGACGAAAAUGACGAAGGUGAGGAGGAUGACGAGAAUGACGACGGCGACGUUGAUGGCGAGGCCAGCGAAUACAGCGAGACCAGCGAGACCAGCGAGAAGCCCAACCCUCAGCUUCUCACUCUCUGGAAUACAUUCAGAGCAAUCCCCAGGGAGCAUUUCAUGGAUGUGACUGCAGCUUUUGCACGGUCUGGCGUCCGGUUCGAUUGCUUUGGCCCUGCCAGCGAGUGGAUCCUGGCUAUUAGAGACACUGCGAAGGAUGAGGUUGAAGCAAAAGCACUCAGUCACGUUGUGGAGGAGGAGCUUUGAUCCUGCGGAUUGCUGACAGAAGAUUCAGACACAAAGAGGAUGGAUAACCCAUGGUGUCGCGCGACUAUGCUGGCCGGCAGCUCAGAUUCAGAAAUUUGCUAAUGGCCGCCAUGGCUGAUAAUUAGGUAUGCUCGGAUGAUCA